GAGACGAGGGAGGUGGAAGGAGAGAGCAGUGUUGUGUUUCCCAGCUUGGAGCUGCUCUGUGGAUGCAAACUUUAUCAUCUUUGAGACCUCUGGCUAUCAGCAGCUGCCUGUAGGAAUACCAUGUUUGUUCAUUGAAGAGUUUCCCCCAGGAUGAACAAGCGUAGACAAGGGAGAAGCUGGCCGCCGCUCGCCUGCAGAGAGAAGUCUCACGGACCAAAGGCGAAGGAACAAUGUGGGAGAAGCUGAUGCGUGAGCUGGAGGAAGAGAGAGGCCUGAGACUGGACAGCAAGAAGCGUCUGCGGGAGGUGACGGAGGAGUCAGAGCUUAGCCCCGUGCAGAUGGUGUCCCUGCAGCAGCACUUCUCCAGGGUGGAAGAGACGGUGCGGACGCUGCUGCAGAACCAGGGGGCGCUGGAGCACUCCGCCAUGGACACCGUGGACCUCAUGAAAGCCUACAAGGAUAAACUCUCAGAGGAGGUGCGAAAGCAGCAGGAGAGCCUGCAGGAGGCGGGGCAGCCGGCAGAGGAGGCGGAGUCCCAGAGCAAUGGCGGCUGUGCAGAGGAGGACAGAGAUAAGGAGACCAAGGUCCUCCUGGAGAGGCUGCGGGCCCUGGAGGCAGAAAACUCGGCACUGGCGAUGGAGAAUGUGAACCAGAGGGAACAGUAUGAAAGGUGUCUGGAUGAGGUUGCAAAUCAGGUUGUGCAGGCUUUGCUAACUCAGAAGGACCUGAGAGAGGAGUGCCUGAAGCUUCGGACCCGAGUGUUUGAUCUGGAGCAGCAGAACCGGACCCUGAGUAUCUUGUUCCAGCAGCGGGUACGACCCGCCUCCGACCUGCUCCUCCAGAAACUUCAGUCUCGUAUCAAGGGCCUCUCAGCUGGUGACCUUAUUUUGGAGCCAGAAAGGAGUAAAAACGUCCUGUUGUCCCGAAACACUGACUCACCACCACAGGACGUCCAGCUGAACGGGAAGGCCAGUCUUCCUGUGGGAAAGUUUCCGAGCCAGCUGAGCCUGACGGUGCCGGCGGGGGCCUAUCCCAGAAGUAGCUGCAGCAGCAGCGAGCUCUCCCUGUCUAGCGCUUGCAGCGAGUACUCCAGCGGCUCUUACACCUGGAAUGAGGGGAGGUCCAGCAACAAGCUGUCUUCUUUGAACUGGGAGAAGAGAAUGAGCCUGGGAUCAUCAGCCCCCAGCAAUAUUUGUGCCCCCCCGGAGGAGCAGCUUCCCGCCCGCAGGAAAGAGUGCCAUAUUCUCGAGGGGCUGAGGAGGCUGCAGAGACGCAAACACCGGGAGCCCUCCGCUGUUGUAUCCAAAUCAGCCUACAAGGACUGCAUGAACUCCAAUGAAGGGAUAUAUUCCCUGGGGAUUAAAUGUGGCAAUCAGGGAGGCCCUAAACCCUCUACAACAGGCAAGUCUGCUGGACAGUGGAUGUGUGGCAAAAGGUUCGCUUAUGAUUCUGACGACGCAGAUGAUGAGUUGACACACCCUUGCAAUAUGGAUCGCUGGGAGCUGACCCGCAGGGCAUCAGAUGGCCUGCCUGGCAAAGAGGAGGAGCUGGGCAAUGGAGCAGCUAAGCACUCCUCUGUCACUGGGUACGACUCCAAGGAGAGGCCUGAGAAGCUCACAAGCUUCCUCAGCAGCUUUCUCUCCAGUUCUGCCCGUUCCACCAUGGGCUCCUCACUGCUACCCUGUAAGGUGAGCCCCAUGGAGGAUGACAGCACCCUCCCACACCACUCGGACUUGGACGAACUGGACCUGCGGGUGGACGAUGACAUCGGUCGGCUGGCUGAGCGGCCGGAGAAGGACCCCAGGCGUCUGUCAAGGGAGGCAGAUAAACCGUCAGUGCUCAAAGGCUUGCGGAGAGAGCACAGCCGAGCGCAGUCUGCGGAUAGCAGGCCCAGGCCCCUCAGCCUGAUUGAUCAGUUCAGGGGAUCCAAGAAUGCGCAGUCUGAGGAAUGCAUUGCGGUGAUCUUUGAUGCCGAGGACGGGGAGCCCAUCGAGCUCAGUUCACAGCCUGCUGUAGACGUGGCUCGAAAUGAGAUUCCAAGGCGCCGGCCGCAGAGCGCGUCCAUGGCAGACUACUCCCAGCUGGGUCCUCAGGGAAAACACCACAGUCACAAAGGAAGCAGUGUGAGGAACUACACUGUCUUACAGUCCCCAGAGAGGCCUGCUGAGCUUCAGUCCCCUGGCACAAGGAGGAAAAAUACCCCACCCCAGAGUGAGGGCUCACAGCAGCAAAAACUAAUAAAGCCUGCCCACCAUCGUGCUCUCAAAGUCCACUCUGUCCCUCCCAUGAAUGGUGCUUCCAGUCCAAAGGCUAAUUUCACCAAGAUCCCUGGUCGAGGGAAGGGAUCCCCUCUGAAGGUGCCCCCUGACGGCAGCGCUUCCCUGGCCCCACCGACUCAGGAUCGGUCUCCCUCCUCCCCUCCAGUCAAACUGUCCAAAGUUGCCAGACCUCCAGGAGGUGGUUAUUCUGCUCAGAGUCCAAAAGCCGUCCACCUGGGCUCCAAGCUUCCGUGCAGGACUGAGUUUGGGAAAGGCCCCACCUCUGGCAUCCCAGGGUCACCACUCCUGGCCAGGAGGCACCUAGAGCACAUGGACUUUGGUGAGCAGCCCACCCACGAUGUGGGACAGCAAAUCGAACUCAGGUCCCCUUCUCCGCCUCCACCUCCAGGUCGCUCUACCUCCCUGCUAAUUAGACCAAACUAUGACAGCACGCCACAGGCCCUCAAGCCUGGGGUUCACACCCCCACGCCCAGCACUGUGAGGGGAGCCCCCCCCGGCUCCCAAACACACCCUCACGCCCCAUCAUCUAUGGUUAAUACACAGCAUUCAGCUUCUCACAAGAGCCAGGAUACUGCUCCUUGGGACUCAAUCUGUGGUGCAGAGGAGAUGCCUCAGAGGUUAGUGGACAGUGCUGGCCACCACCUGCAAAAGUCCCCUGCCUCUUGUCGGACUCCAAUGAAGGGGUCACCAAAACGGGUCUCUGCAAAACUGCACCCCUCCUUAGCCUCAGGGCAUACCCAGGAUCUCCAUGACUCUGUAUCCAAAGGUCCGAAAAAUGCCCCGCAGAAAGGCUUUUCACUGCAGAGUACACCUAGUGGUAAGAAAGGACAGCCCCCUGAGAAUGAGUACCCCAUACUGUACAAAACCUCAGGCAGCUUGCCUAUAUCUCUGCAGGGUCAUUCACCAGGUGUGACAGGAUCACUAGGGUCUGCACUGCAGCCUCCCCAGGUGACUCCAAACUCCACAACCAUUGGGAUCAGCCCGCAGAAUUCUGCUGAAAGGGGCACAAAGACACGUAUUCCCAUUGGCUUGAAAGCCCUGGUUAAAUCACCUGCUUCGCUGAGAGAAAGCUCCACCCUACCAGAACAUCACGAGAAAGAUCAUGUUGACGCUCCGUCCCAAGGUUCAGCCAUGGUCAAUUCCUUCAACUUGCGUGAGGUACCACAGAAAAUGUUUGGUUUUGAAGCGGCACCGAGGAGGUCCAAAGUCGAUACAAAAAAUGAAACCCGCUGCAACUCCAUGGAUGGGCAGCUUCUCCCCCCAGUGGUGAUUGAGAAUGGCGCAGUUUGUGAUGAGCUGGAUGGGGAAGGUAGGCUGUUCAAGAGAUCCAUCUCAGUGACGAAUAAGCCCCACUUAAAGCCCGCCCUUGGGAUGAACGGGGCUAAAGCACGCAGCCAGAGUUUCAGCACCCACUACAUGCAGAGACCGUGCAUCAGUACAUCAGAUGGACCCGGGAAGGUCCGCACCCACAUCAUAACAAACACAGGUGAGCGGGGAAGCUCUUUGACCAGGCAGAGCUCGCUUGGGGAUGGAUUCCAAACUAAAUCCACUGGUGGGUCACGGGAGACCCUGCCCCUCUCCUCUGGUACCAGACAGUUCCCUCAUGGAGGUAUGAGUGGCUCCAACAGCAACCAUGGACUUCCAGUCAAGGCUACCCCCAGGGCUGGCCCGCAGAAGGAGGUCCACAGUCUACCUCUCAGUGACAGAAUAAACCUCAAAAGCUCCAGACAACCAGCAAAGGUGGCAUCCCACCCCCAGUUCAACACAACAUCAUUUCCCCUCUUUAGCCCUGAUUUACCAGCAGAGGGUAUGGGGAACAGGCUGCUCAAUACCAACAAAUUGGACCUAAGUGUCUCUCAACAGACUAGCAGCAGUACAGGGCCUGAAGAACCAGAAAAACUCCUGAGCCACUCUGCCAGCACCAUCGAGGAGAAGGUAAUGAUGGGCAUCCAGGAAAAUGUAGAGAGAGGCCAGGCGCAGAACAAGUCACAGACUUCCGAGUCUAAGCAUAAGACAGGCUCAUCCUUGGCUAACUGGUUUGGCUUCCGCAAAAGCAAACUACCAUCUCUGGGGGGCAAGAAAACAGACUCCCCUAAAGGAAAAGAGGAGAAAAAAGAGCUCAAGAUUGGAUCUGUGCUAGGAGGAAAGCAGACAAAGCCUGACAAAAUGAAGGAUAAGAAGAAAAACGAACUGCAGCGCAAAGAUAGUCGAGAGCAAAUGGUGACAGAAAACAUGGAUAAACAAGGUUUACGUAUGGAUCAUUGCAAUAUUGAUAUGGGACAGCUGACAAAUCAGAUGCAACGUUCAACAAGCUACAUGGGAAAAGAUCAGUUCAUGAAAGAGAUUCUGAUCAGGAGUGUAACAAAAGACGAUUCCCACGGUGCACCUCUUCCUGGCAACCCCAUCGCUCCCCAAGGCAUCCCCAGUGAAAAGAGAGGAAUGAAGGCAGAUAUCGAGAUUCAUGUUGAUUCCAAGACAAAGACUGUGACCCAGAAGAUCAACCUCAGGGCUGAGAAAGAGGUAGAUCUCGAACCUGAGCCCAACUGUCAAGACCAUGUGAUAGGCUCCAGCAGCCAGACCCGAACCUUGGACAGUGGAAUUGGGACCUUCCCCCUCCCUGACUCCGUCACUCGGGUAACCGGGCGGCACCUCCCUAAAUCCACCUCCAGCCCUGGGCAUCCACUCUGUGCACCCGCUGAGCCUGCCAAAGACCUCCCUGCCACGUCACCAUCCGAACCAAAAGUGCCUUUCCUUUCAAAAAACAGUCAGAACGUCCCAUGCAGCACUGGCCUCACCUUCUCCAAUCCAACAGUGACGCUCAACAAUAUGUGUGAUCCAGAAAGCCAUCUGCAGAAACCAGCUGCUUCCGGUGUGAUGAAAGCCAAGAGAUUGAGCCAGAGUGACAGCAAAACAGACCCUGCCCACAGUCCAGAGGAUGGGAAGAGGAAGAAUAAUAACCACAGCCCACUCAAUGACAGAGUGCUGCGUGUGUGCACCUACUCAGGUAGUAGCAGUGAAAAUGAAUCAGACCCAGAGUAUGAGGCCACCGCAACCCGUCUUGGUCACGAUACACUGCUCAGCAAAACCAGGAACAGAAAGCAAGUGGACCAAGAGGAGGAAGAAAUGAAGGGCAGCGUGGGAAACCACCUGUCAAUCAUGGACUACUACCAACAAGAAGUGCUCGUCCACAACGGGAAGGAGGAGCACAGGAACAGCACCCAGUACAACUCAGCAGAUACAGAGGGCAAAUCCCAUAAGAAGAAUGAACUGGACAAGACAACAGGGGAUGAAAAGAGUCUGGGCUUUCCGGGCGUCUCCUUGGAGUCUCUCAACAAGCUCAACAGCAAUGGCGGGCCUUUCCCAGAAGGCGAGCAGAAGACUGCCGUGGGUAAGGCCACCGAGAAGAAGGGGGAGCGUCAGACCGACGAGCCGUCGUCAAGCUGCUCUGACAAGCCCGAGGUGGACAAUCAAGGCUCACUCAGCGACUCGCUGUACGACAGCUUCUCCUCGUGCACCAGUCAGGGCUCCAACGAGGUCUAGAGACAGCGGUUUUUCGAAGGCGCGUUUGUUUUUGUGGGACCAACAAAGCACUUAAUUUAGGGAGAG